AUGGGAAUUAUAUUUAUUUUAUUAGUGUGCCUUCAAAUUCACUUAAACUCUUCAAAACUGCCUUGCUAAGAUUAAUAAUUUCAACCGUUUUUCAGUUGCUAUUAACAAAUUUCAAGUUGUUAUUUUUUAGAAGGAGAUGAUGAAGACUAUUCAAAAAUUUAGCAUAUUGACAAUUAAAUUAUAAAACCUUCAUUUAUAAUUUCUUGUGAAGAGGACCCAAUAUUUAUUAAAAUAAUUGACUCCUUGGAUUAAAACAAAAAAAUUCAGGAGAAAUUGUUGUGUUCCCUAUUUCGUAACCUUGAAUAUUUUAUCGUUUGUACAAGUUUUGACUUAGUUUAAAAUGAAGAUUAAAUCACCACAAAUGAGAAGUUCAGAUUUGGCACAAAAAUUGCUAGCACAGAAAACUGUGAUGAAAUGGAUAUAAAUGAAGAUGGAGGUUUAAAUUUAUUUUGUUUAAGUUAAUCUACUUUAAAAUAGUAUAGUUUAAAUCUAUCAAGCAGGAAUACUACAUUAAUUUUAGAGAUUGAUUUUCAAGACCAAUUAUUAGAUAAUUGCAAAUUAAAAUAUUAUUAAUGGAAAUAAAAUGUCUAUAUUGUCGUAUUUUAUCAUUGUUCUAGCUGGAAAGUAUUACUUUUCAAUAAAAGUGAAAUGAAAACUUUAUUAGAGGCUUCCAAGAAAGACAAGAUUAUUUAAAUUUAAACUUUAUCCUUUAUUAAUGAUGUAACCUUUUGUAAAUCAAUUGAAAAGAUGUUAUUCAUCUAUUUGAUAGAAAAUAAUUUUUACCUUGAAAUAAAAGUGAAUGGUGAGCUUAAAUAUUUACUAUUUCAGCAUACAAAGCGCAUACACAAAUUAUUACUCUAAACAAAAUGCUCAAUCACAGUUUUGGUGGAUUCUUUAGAAGAUAUUAAUUAAAAUAUAAGUCAUUCUACAAUUAUUAGAUAGAUCAAUUUAAAUUUAACAAAUCCAAAUCAUAAUAUCUACUUUAAUUCUGAUAUUCUUUACCUAUAAUAAGAGUCUGAAUUAACUGUGUUUUUGAAUCUAUAUAUUAAUCAGACUUAUCAAAUAGGAAAGACUUAGUUACAUUUUUUUUAAUUUGAUAACAUAUUCUGUUAAUUCGAUCAAUCCAAAAACGGUUUAUAAUUUUAUAGAUAUUAUAAAUUUAGUAGUUUAAUUAAACCAAAAAAGAAGUACCUCUUCUUAGUUUUCAGCUGGAAGUUGUUUUAAAAAAAUGCUGUGCAAAAUUGCUUUAGACUAUUGAAAAAUAAUGCUACAAAAGAAGAAAAAUUAGUUAAGUUGAUAACGUUGCACAAAAUUUGUUAGAGUAACUUUUAAAGCAUUAUUUUCAAAUCGGAACCUUAAACCUUAUUUAAAAAUAGUUCAUUCACAAUAUCUAAUAAUAAGAGCAGCAUAAAUGUAAGUAUAAGAAUUAAUAAUAAAUUUUUGGACUCUUGUCUAUAAAUGCCUAAACUAUUUCAUAUUUAAGGCAAUGUUGAAUUUUUAAAAAUAAAUCUACCUGAUUACAUCGUUUUUCAAAAUAAAACUAAUUUUUACAUUUUUAAUUGCACUUAAAAUAAAAUAUUAAUUUCGGUUAACAGAGUUAAAUUUGAUGUACUUGAAUCUGAUGAAAACUAUUAUAUAGUUGAGAAAAACAAUAAUAGUCAUUUCUUGAGAAUAAUUUAAUUAAAUCCUAAUUCAGAGUUCUAAUUAAACAUAAAAUUUGAUGAAGCAAUUAUAAGAGCAGAACAAAUUGCUUAAAAUGUAUUUAUCUACUUGAACAAUUCAAAUUAACUUCCAAUAAUAUAUUAAAAUUAUGUAUCAGAUUCAUAUAGAAAAUAUCUUUAAAAAAGUCUUUAAUCCUCAGAACCUAUUCUAUUUUAUUUUGAAUCUCAAAAUUUAAAGGUUAUUUAAUAUCCAAAUGUUAUAGCUGUUGAAGAUUCAGGAUAUGUAGCGUGUUUUAAUUUUUUAGAAGAUUAAAUAAUUUCAAUUCAAAUCUAAUCAAGCAUAAAUAAAGACUGCUUAAUAGUAGCAAUACAAAUUAUCACAAGAUCACUUACUCUUAAUUAUUUUAAUGAUCAUUAUAUACAUUAAAUUUCAAAUUAUACUUUUUCUGAUUAUUAAUUUUCAUAUCCUUUCGUGUACAAAUUAAACUUUUAGCAUUUAGCUAUUUUAAUGAAGCGAAAUUAGGAAUUUUAUAUAGCUCUAUUUUAAUUCAAUAUUUCCUUCUUGUAUUUAUAAGACAUUAUUGCAACUGAUUCAACCUAUUUUACAUUUUCCUAAAGUAAUCUAUUGUAUUCUAGUAAUAAGUAGUGGAUGUUUCGAUUUACUAAUUAUUUUUAAAUAGAUAUUGAGUCAGACGAUAAAUUUUCUACAGAGUUAUCAUAAUUCUAUUAAACAGAUUUAUAUCCAGGUAAAAAAGAGUAAUAAAGCAUACAAUUAAAUAUCUUAAUUUACAACCUUUGCUAUAAGUUAUAUCCUUUUAGGGAUUUAUUCAGAUUUGAAAUUCAAUAAAAUGAAAUUUUAAAAUUGAACAUUUCUGAUAUUUUUCUUGGCCCAAUUAAUAGUUUGUCACUAGUAAGUAGUUCAUCCUUAGUGUUGAAUGGACCCUUUUAAUUUAUAAGAAAAUUAGAAUAUUGCAGUCUAAACACUUCUAGUUUUUGUAUUUAAAAGUACAAUAUUAAAAGUUAAACCUAAGAACAUACGUUUAAAGCUAUUAUUAUGAAUAAUUAAGUUUAUGAAAUUAUUAACAAUCAUCCAAAUGAGAUGAAUAAUUAUAUUAUCUUUAUCAAUUAGUCAUAUUAUCUUUGGUUUUCAUAAUUUAGUUAAAAUCUUUAAAUUCAAUUGAUUUAAUGUUCUGGAUUAAUUGAUGAAUAUUGUAAUGUCAUAUCCGAUAUUAAUGAAAAACUUUAGAUAAAAUCGAUUGUUGGGGAGAAUGUGAUGAGAACAGGAAAUUUAAUAAAACUAUAAAUUACAUUGAAGCAGAUUUUUAUCUAUUUUGAAGAUAUCAAUUUUAUUGAAGUACCAAUUACUGGUAAGAUCUUGGAUGUACGGUUUAUUGAAGGAUAAAAGGAUCAAAGUUAAUAUUUAUUUUUAUAAUAAAAGGACAAGAAUUCCUCUGAGGUAGAAUUAAUCAUUUACUCGAUAAAUUUAAAUCACUAUAGCCUUUUAUAUUAUUUAUCUAUUUCAAAAGAACUCUAAAUAGAAUUAAGUAAGUUCAGAUAAUAGGGCUUUAAAUUUCUAAAAUUAGUCUCAUGCAUUUAAGUUGCUAAUUUAACUAAAAUUAAGCUUUUCAUGAGAAACUAACAUUUUACAUAUUUGUAUUACUUAAUGUUAGAUCGAUAAAAUAAUUAAAUUUAAUUAGAAUCACAAAAGUCAAUUAGAAAUUGGGGCACUUUUGAUUUUGGCAUUGAUUAAUUCACAUUAGACUAUUUCGACGAGAAUAUUUUGGUUUUAAAAGAAUUGAAAGAUAAAUAAUUUUAAUAUUAUGAUCUUAGAGAAGAAAAGAGCUUUUAUGAUUAUUUCCAUAAAUCAAUGAAUUAAAUCAUUACAAAGCGAAUAAAUACUACACAUUUCAUUUUUUUCCAUAACUCUAUUUUUCAUCUAGGAACAAUUGGAUAUUAAAUAGAAUAGCAGAAUUUAUCACAAAGUAAUUAUAAUAUUGAGUUGUAUGCAUCAAACGAUAUAUCAGAAGAAAAAGCUUUGUUUUAGAUACUUUUAAUAACCUCUAAGAAUUAAUUUACGAUUUUAUUAAUUUAAUUAUUAUGUUUAAUUUUCAUAAUUUUUUAUUUAAGAAAUAUGAAAACAAGCAAUCAAAAUUAAAACAAAAGAUGCUCAAAUCUUUAAGUUACAUAAUUUAGAAAUAUAUGA